AUGGCGCCCCACGCCGGAGGGGACUCCUCCUCCUCCUCCUCCUCCUCCUCCUCCGACCAAUACAAGCCCCAAGAUGCUGUCCACGCCGCCCUGACAAUGGGUGCCCUCUUCGGCACCGGAGGUCUCUUCCUCGCCGCCGUCAAGACUUCCCUCGAGAAGAAGCACGUCGGUCCCUGGGCUGUCUUUUCCAAGCACGGCAACAUCGCCGCUACUUUUGCCGCCGUCGGCUCAGUCUACGAGUUCUCCCGCGUCGCCUCCGCCAACCUCCGCGAGAAGAACGAUCACUACAACAAUGCUAUCGCUGGUGCUUUUGGUGGUGCUGUCUUGGGGUUGAGAGCCGGUCGCAUCCCCGCCAUCCUAGGCUACGGCGCCGUCAUGUCCGUCACCUCGGCCGUCUUCGAGUACACCGGCGGCCGCAUCCAAGGCGCCGGCCGCAACCCCGACGUGGACGAGUUCGAGCGCAAGGAGAUGCUCCGCAAGAGAUACAGAAGGCCGGUGGAGGAGACGAUUGCUGAGAUUGGGGAGGGGAGAUCCAUCAAGCUCCCUGGAUACGAUGAGCGGAGAGCACAGAGGCUCAAGGAGGCCUACGGCUUCGAGGUGAAGCCUGUAUGCGCGGAUCCUGACCGUGCUUGA